CUUUUCUGCUCCAUCGUCAUCCUCCCCCCCCCCCCCCCCCCCCCCCAAUCGGCUCCAUCAUGAUACCAGUAGUGAACAAGCUUCAUGAACUUCUUCAAGCCACCAACUUCAGUUCUUGCCACCAGUUUUCCCGUUGCUUGGGAAAAUCGGUACUUGACGACCACCGCUUUUUACACCGACCACUGCAUUGCAGUUCAUGUCUUCCAAUAAGCUAUUCACAUUUAUAGAGACAAAAGUGGGAACCUCCUUCAAAAGAUAGUCAGGGUUAGUAGCGAUUCUUUGUUCAUCUAUUUUUAGGGCUUUUUGUCUGCUUAUUAAAAUCAAAUUCGGAGACUUGCUUGUGUGAUUUGCAUGCGCUCUGUAAAUGGUUCCCUGUCGAUGGUCUAGCCAUACAUUCACCGAUAUCUCCAUUGUAUUCGAUGAAAUAUAUGUUGUUCAUUUUCCUGAUGAGCAAACUGUGCCGAUGGUGAUAGCAAUUGGAUUAAGUUCUUGUGAUUACACAUAUGAUUCUUCAUUGGAUCAUGGAAACCUAAGAGUUGAAACAUUGUUACAAAAAUUAGAAGAGUUUGUGAUUAAAGAUGAAGAGCUUAAUAAGCAAGAAUCAGUUGAUAGAAUUGGAUCUACUUUGCUUUCAGGAUAUCUUUCAAUGGCACUUUGUUAUAUGUUGCCAUUAUGCAUUCAAUUUUUUCUACUCAAAGAUCAAUGGUGCGUAUACAUUCAUGUGUUAUUCGGUCACAACAUUCUGCAUUCCUGCAACAGGGAUUGGAAUGGAAUGAUGUAUACAAAGUAUCUUACAACUUACAAUCUUAUAAAUCGGGAAGGAGAUUUUUCGGAUUUAUUGAUUGACUUUCAAUUCGGGCAUCAUCAGUUUUACUUCCGAUCACUUUUUAAAUCCCAAAUAAUAAGCGAUCAACUGGAAAUUGGAAGGAAGAAAAAACGAAAAGCAAAGGAAACGAAGUCGAGGAACUUACAGGAUACGGCAAAGAAGAGCAGCGGUGGAGCGAAAGAGGAGUUGCAGGUAUCAAAAGCAGCCAGCGCCCAGCAGUAG